CGCGGCACCAUCAUGUCGGACGAGGACGAAGUUACGUACGACAUUCAUGCAGACAGCAGCUCGAAGCUGACCAAGUCCCUGCAAAAGGCCAUCGCGAAGUCAACGAAGCAAAGCAAGUUCACCACCCCAUCGGAAUCGUCUGCGGCGGUUGUUGCUCCAGCCAUCAUGUCGAGACAAUCUGUGGCUGCCACGCUCAUGGAAAAAGGUCAAGAAAGUGACGAAGAUGAAGAAGAUGGAUUUGCCUCGAUCCUAUUGUUUGAACCGCCUGUAUCCAUCGUAACCCUUGAAGGUCAUUCAGGGGAUUAUGAAACAUCGACACAACCGAAAUCUCCCUCGGUACAACACACAACGCAUGAUACGUCACGCAGAAUUCCGCGCUCUCAAAAUGUUGCUUCUUCGAAUCGUCACGGUCUUGUGUCCGACUUGGCGCCAAUUGGACCUUCGCAGCAUCGAAUUCGCCAACUUCAUGUCCAAGCAACCCCUCGGAAAGUGCAAACAACGCAAUCCUUCGAAUCUGCCUUCGAACGCCCUUCACAUUGGCUCAAAACACCUCCCUUGCAAUCACUGCCAAAAAGGACGAAUAAAGUUGCGACAACGAAGCGUCAGCCACCGGCGUUGCUAUUGCUAUCAACUCCGCCACCACAAUCAUCGACUCCGUAUCGAAAAUCCAUGGCGGAGUUGCUGCGACAAGCAACUGCUGGAGGCAUAGAACGCGUUCCAAAUUCCUCUCCAACUCAACCCCGAAACGAAGACAUUGAAGAUGCAGGGUACAUUGCUUCGGAGAUUGGAACAUCGCAACGACAAUUACCCUUUCACGUGCCCCCGAAGGAAAAGCGACGAAAGCGCCUGAGUGACGUUACCAUUCCUGGUGAAAUCGGUGCUGUCGUGCAGCGUGCCACACGCAAAGCUAGUCGUGACGCAACUCUCUUUCAUACCAACUCCCAUCAAGCUCCAUCCACGUCAAGCAUGAUAGACGCGCCUCAAUCCCGCCCGUCGAUUACAAUCUGCUUGCUACGGACCCGACUUGUGGCAGACUUUGCCGUGUUCACCGCAUACAUCCACCAAGUCUCUCCCGCCAUUCAAUCAUCGCCACCACCCUCUCCACCGCUGCUGCCCAUCCGUUCCGACGUGAUUGUCGAUGCCGUCUUUUCCAAAUCAGCCCUUGCAAAACUUCGUGACAAUGUCCUCGUUACCCUUUAUGCGCCGUUCCACAUUUUGUCCCUCGAUGGGCCGUAUCCGUUCCCACUGCUUUUGGGAACGCAGCUGUUUCAAGUCUCCAAUGCUGUCCACUCGUGUCAAACUGCUCUACCCUUUGACGAUGAAUGGGCAUAAGUCGAUGGCGCGGUUUGAGGGCGGGAUGAGCUUGUCGUUGGAAGCACCUUGGCGCUGCCAUGGUGUUUCUUCAAAUUCCUCGAAGCAUUGCUGGAUUUUGGUCGCAGCUGCGCCGCCGAAUUGGAUGCAACAAGUAAAGGUGGUGGGGCUUCCCCGAUCUUGUCCAUGCCACCAACUAGCGUCUUGAUCAAACUCGACGUUUGGGUCAAAAUAGCGGGGGUGCCGACGCGACCGUAUACUCUGGGGUUGUAGCACUGCAAGAGCCGAAGUCGGUCGCUGUCGGUCAGUUCCGGUGCCAAUUCAUCCCGUCGAUAGUUGAGCUUCUUUAUUCGUUGAAGCGACUGCAUGAACGUCAAGACUGAGUUCGACCGGAGGCGCAUCUUCGGCUGGUUUUUGAGUUUUCGGCCGUAGUAGUCUUCGGACGGGACCUCCUCACGCGGUGACUCGAGCGAAUGUGUUGCCGCAUAUGCUGCCAUGUUUUCUUGCAUCUCGCGCUCGAACGCUUGCUUCGCAUGGUCGUCCUUGGUCACUUGUUCUUUCAAGGUCGCGAUCGCUUCCACAAGCCAAGGUUUUUUGCGUCUCUCGGUUUGUACUUGACAUAGCUUCGGUCCAUCUUUUCGCAUCGGCCCGUGUACUUUGAGAACGAGAAUCAGCCGUCCUAUGGACGUUUUGGUGCGCUUGGAUUUCAGAGGACAACGGCGACGCAAUGUCAAGUCAAGUGGCCCCACUGAUGCCGCGAGGUCAAAUGUGUCCUGGUCGUGCUGCUGCACGAGUUGGACACGCAUACCGUCCAAGAGCACCUGGUCGUCAGCACGAAUUGGCUGAAGUGCCCACGCAUACGCUGCGAAGAGAUGUGCUAUCGGGGCAAACUCUCCAUUCUUCCCCUCGUCCCAUGCAGAAGAUGCAAGUGACACUAACUUGAUGUCAAGUCCAUGGAGCGGCGCUGGAGCUGACACGAGGAAUGCAUCAGUGUCCUCGGGGUCGGAGGACACGAGCUGCAGAGCCACCGGAUCGUGGCGAGUGACAAUCACGGUUGAAGCAUGUGCCCACGGCCCCGGUACGACUCGAAAACGCGAAGCAGGGCCUUCACCCACUCGCAAAGAACCCUUGGACGCUUUUAUAGGAGCCCCUGUGGCUGUGUGAAAGCUAAUGCACGUUUGGAAUGUCACGCCUCGUCCUAUGAGAGAUGCAAGAGCGCUGAAGUGGCAUCGAGUGACGUGAUGGACUAUACGUUUGACACGCCGCGGCGG